GGAAGCCCUCAGCUUCUGUAGAGAAAAGUCCUGUGAACAACUACAGGACCUGGAGAACAAGAUCAAAGAGGCCCUGAAACAGAACACAGCGGACACACCACAGAAUGCACUGGACCAGACAGUAUAUAGACAUUCAAAAGAACUCAGAAAGGCAGGAUCUGAAGAGACUGGCAAAUAUCAGGCUCAUGUAGAUAUAAUAAUAUAAAAACAAUUAGAUAUCAGUGUCAGGAAGAUAUGAUAAUAAAGAUAUAGUUAACUAUCAUACAAAUAUAUAUUAUUGUUAUAAAACAUUUUACCUAGUUUUAAAUAUAUUGGUAUUAAUUUUUUGUUACAUUUUAUUCUGUCAAUAUGCUAACAACUUAAACAAUUCCCUGUGGUUUGUUUGUUAGAGAUAUUGUAAGUAUCCAUUACCGAAGUAAUAAAUAAUUAUAUUUUGAUGUAAAGAUACUUAUAUCUUCAAAGAUAUUUCUCAAAGAAAUGCUUCCCCAAGCGUUACAAGACGAUAAGGUUCUACGGGAUCAGAGGGUCAUUAGUUACGUACGAAAAUGUGUGGAGCUUUGCUGGUUCAUGAAUGUGUGGGAUCCGCCGAUGGAACUAGUGGCUCCUAAAGAAGGCGACACCGUGGACAAAAACCUAUUUUCUUAUUACGAAAGGAAGGGCAAAGUGGUGCAGACUUGUGUAUGGGCGGCGCUUCUGCUCCACAAGGAGGGGGCCUGUGGUGGCCAAGGGCUAUAUCCUCCCAAAACCUAUGUACCUUUUAAGUAGAUUUUAUGAGUGACUCCUGAAAGGAGAAAUGAUGUUAUCAUUCUCCAUUAUAAAUAGUCGUUAAAAAUCUGUUUUCGUUCCUGUGUGUUUUAUUUUUCGAGUAAAAAAGAUAAUGUUUGAAUGAAGUCAUUUUGGACAUUUUCUCUUUCAUCUUGUUCGAUUGCACUUGUCAAUCAAAAGCGUCAAUAAAGAUUGAGGAUGAAACGUAAGAAAAAUAUUCUUACGUUACACUCUCAACCACUUUAACACAAUUUUAACGCUAUGGUCAGCCACGGGAGCGACGCCUCCAAAACUUCAGGAUACGUACAAUCACCAAACAGAAUCUCCCCCCACAUGCGUUUAAUGAUUGCUGUGUUAUCGCAAAUUCGACGAAAUAAAGUUACUGGUACAUAUGAAUUUAACAGAUGGUGGAGAAUGACCAUAACUCUAUGAUGUGAUAGACAAACAAUAAGAUAGAAACCAGAUGUACAUCAACAUAUCACGUGCACAGUGAAAAGAUUAGAUUUCUACAAAAUGCAGUACAAGCUGAAAGAAAAAAACCAAGAAAUUGAAUACCUAUCAACAAGAUUGAGACUAAGCGAAUAUACCAAUCAACACCUGAUGGAGUUUAUCCCCAACAUGGCAGACCAGAGUGACAUCUACUGCCCCACAAGACUGGGGGAGAUGUACAGUCAGCUGUUUGAUGACGAGUGGUCAGAGGCACUCGAGGUCUUUAAACCCAAAACAGAAGAUGAGGACGACGACAUCUUCUCUGACACACUGUAUAUCCUACAGGAUCUGUUGAUGAAUAUCUUUGAAUUUUGCAAAGACCAAUCAAAAAGCCAGAAACUUUACUUUGAAGAUAUCCUUGCUGUUGCUAUAGGAUUAAAAGAACAACAUGUAUUAAAGAAACAAGACACAGCAACACAAAUGGAUAAUACAUUUGAUGAAAACAAUAGUGGACAUCAGGCGAUAAGAAAUAGUGGGCAGAGAGAUCAUAGUCAGCAGACUUAUAAAGAUAUAGUAGGAGAGGAAUUUUUUAAUCAAACACCAAGUGAGAAGAGCCAAGAAGUAUCAGAAGAGGGAAAGACAAAUACUGAUAAAUCUGACAGUUCUCAGAAAGAUCCAGCACAAGAACCAGAAAAAGAAGAUAAACAUUCAGAAGGCAAGGACUACAGAGAGAGUGUUAUUUACCCAACAAUUGACAGACAUGCCCGAGUCUUCCAAAAGGCAGCUGCAUCCACAUCAACUAAAACCAAAUCAAAGUUGUUCACUACAUCUAAGCUCCCCUUUCUGAUACCAGACGAGACUGCCCGCGCGGACGUCCGUUUGUUGACGUACGUGAGGAAGUGUGUAGAGCUUUGUUGGUACAUGUGUAUGCAGGACCCACCAAUGACAAUCAUCUCACCCAUACAAGGACAGCUGGUGGACAAGGCCUUAUUCUCCUUCCAUGGACGCCGCGGGAAGAUCGUGGAGGUGUGUGUGUGGCCGGCGCUUCUUCUCCAUGAAAACGGACCCCUGGUGUGUAAAGGAUACGUACUUCCGGAGGAGAGGAAUCGCCAUAGAUAGAGAUAUUUAUUUAGCUCUUUUGUUUUGAUUGCAAUAAUCAAAUUAUUUAUAUAAAACAUUUGUCAGACGUAAUACGAUUGAAAAAAAAUCGUAUAUAAACUAAUGAUAUUUUGAUCAAUCUGCUUUUUGUUGGAAUACAACGAGAUUAUAUUCUUGUUGUUAUACUGGUACAUGUAUAUAUAAUAUAUAUGUAUACACUGAUUAUUUACAUAUACAUUUGGUCUACAACAAAUACUGACUUUUAAAAAUGCACAGUUUUCUUGAAAACUGUAUCAAAUCAUUCAAACUAACCAAUUAUUACAAGGAAAUUUCUGUAAUUAAAAGGUACUUGCAACAAAUCAAAUUACUGUGGAAAAGCAAGUUGAAGGGCUUGUUGAAUAUUGCAUCGAAAACGAUUAAUUGUGUUGUUUAAUGUGUUAACAAUGGUUUUAGAAUUUUAUGGAUUUUAUUGAUUUUGUGCCAUAAUAAAUGAUAUGUAAAUGUU